CGAAACACGACACCCCGACAGAGGAAGGAGGAGGAGGGGGGAGGCAGCCUGAGAGAACACGAAGUGAGUGAGUGAGUGAGUGAGUGAGUGAGUGGAAAAAGAAAAAGUCUGUGCCGGAGAAAGAAGAGGGGCAGAGAAAGAAGAAGAGUUUUUGUUCCUUUCUGAAGCGCCGCUGUUUUGACUGUCUGUCCGUGAGGAUGAUGAUGAUGAUGAUGUGGAGGAGGAAUCGACCAUGCGACAUCGUUGGGAUGAACAUUUAGAGUCGUCGCAUUCCGCUGCUGCAGCACCGACCGACGGCAGCACGACUCCUCCAAACUUCGAGCUGCGCCAUUCAGACCCGGGCGGCCGGAUCCCCCCAGAGGCUCCGGGCAACUUUACGCACCAUCCGCGUACUUACAAACAAAUAACCCCGGCAGCUCAAAACUUUCCCCCCCCAACAAACUCCGAUGUAUCGAGGUAAAAGAGGAAAGCUUGUGUGAAGUUAGCGGGAGUUUUUUUUUCUUCCCUUUUUUCAACUUGAAAGCGAUAAUCGGGGGCAGGUUGUUUCCUAACGAGCCACUUGUGAGAACAACACCGGAGGAAGGAGUGGGGAGUCACUGCUAACUCCGCUAAGCUACAAGCUAACUCAAGUGUAAAGUUGCGACUCGACGAGGGGGAAAGUGACCGAAGCAGACGGCAACAAAGAUGAAAACCCCGGUGGACUCGGGGUUUGCCUUCCCGGAUUGGGCCUACAAGCCCGAGUCGAGUCCGGGCUCCAGACAGAUCCAGCUGUGGCACUUUAUCCUGGAGCUGCUGAGGAAAGAGGAGUACCACGAUGUCAUCGCCUGGCAGGGAGACUACGGAGAGUUUGUCAUCAAGGACCCAGACGAGGUGGCUCGCCUGUGGGGGGCCAGGAAGUGUAAACCUCAGAUGAACUACGACAAGCUCAGCCGGGCUCUGAGAUACUACUACAACAAGAGGAUCCUCCACAAGACCAAAGGGAAGAGAUUCACCUACAAGUUUAACUUCAACAAACUAGUGCUGGUCAACUACCCCUUCAUCGACAUGGGCUCCGGUCGAGUCCCUCAGAGCGCCCCUCCAGUGCCGACUGGAGGCAGCCACUUCCGUUUCCCACCCUCCACGCCGUCAGAAGUCCUCUCCUCCAGCGAGGAGCUGCGCAGCCCGGGCAUGUUCAGCAGCGUGGCCCGCCGCAUGGCCCGCGGCUCCGUGAGCGACUGCAGCGACGGCACCUCCACCAACUCUGAGCUGGAGGAGGCCGUGGGGGCCGACGAGCGAGGCGUGGGACCCGAGAGGGCGUACAGGGGCCUGCUUCCUCCACGUCUGCCUCACGAUUCUCUCUUCAGGGUCUACCCGAGUCCAGCGGGGCUCGCCAGGCACGGCCCCCGGGUCCACCAGGAGCCUCUGUCUCCGUUCCCCGUCUCCCCGCUGCCGGGCCCCGGGGGGCUCCUCGGCCCGACUCUGUCCCCGGCCCUGUCCAUGACCCCGACCCCGCACCUCCCCUACACCCCCUCUCCCUCCCUGUCCUCCCCCAUGCUGGGCUCACACUUCUCCUUCAACCCGGAGGACAUGAAGCACUACCUGCAGGCCCACACCCAGUCCGUCUACAACUACCACCUCAGCCCCCGAGCCUUCCUCCACUACCCCAACAUCGUCAUCCCCCAGCCCCACCGCCCCACCCCGGAGAAGCCGGCCGCCCAUCACCUCCAUGCCCCGCCCCUGCCGCUCUCUCAUUCGCUCAGCCAGCAGCAGGGAGGCGGCGAGGAGCAGCACCCGUCACCGUUCAAGUUCAAGCUGCAGCCGCCACCUCUCGGCCGCAAACAGAGGGAUUCUGGGAGCUCAUUGGCCGCUGCUUCUUCUUCCUCUUCCUCCAGCCAGUCCUCAUACACAGCGUCGAGCCAGAUCAUGAACUCUGCUCUGGCUGCAGGGCCUCCCAAGAUCAAGGUGGAGCCCAUAUCAGACAUCGAGUCAGAGGAGGAGGUGGAGGUGACUGACAUCAGCGAGGAAGAUGAGAUGAACCACAUGGACGAGGACGAAGGUGACAUCUUCACCCCGACUGCUCGCCACCAUCAGCUCAACAACCAUCACCGGGCCAACGGGAACGGGAGAGGCCUGUCUGCACCGAACCCCGACGACGACCCCGACGAUGACGAGGAGGUCUUCAAGACUCCUGCGACUCCUCCCAUCGGCAGCGGGAGCGGCGGCGGCGGCCUGGCCUUCCCUCUGAUCAACCUGAAGAGCGAGCCGGGGCAGGCGGCGCCCAUCAGCCCCGGAGGCACGCGCUGCAUCCCGCUCAAGCUCCGCUUCAAACGCCGCUGGAGCGAAGACCAGAAGAUGGAGGCGGACGGAGAGAGGGACGAGGCGGAGGACAAGAAAGUAAGGGCCGAGGGAGAGGAGGAGGCGGGCAGGAGAGUGAUGGAGGUGGAGAACGGAGGAGCAGGAGGAGGAGCAGGAGGUGUUAUGCUGGGGUUGAUGCUGCCACCGCCUCCCACCCAGCGCAGAGCCAGCUCGGAGCUGCAGAGGGCUACGGCACAGCUGUCUCUGGAAAACACUGGCUGCUGAGCUUCACACGCACACAGGGGAUCCUACAUAGAUACGCGCACACACCUCUCUGAGUUUUGUCUACAAACUCAGUAGUUUUAUGUAGACUGUAAUGCCUCGUGGUUUCUUGACAGCUGAAGGGAACGUAACAGGUUUUCUUUAUGGUGAAAAAUUUGUUAAUCGAUUUAAUCAUUCAAAUAUUUUUUUCAUGCAAAAAUGUCAGAAAAUGCUUUUUUCACCCUUCAAAUAUGAAGAUUUUUCCAAUUUUCUCAGUUUUAUAUCAUACAAAAACAACAUAUCUUCGGAUUUUGAACCGACAAAACAUUCAAAGACGUCACCUUCGAUACUAUUUUCUGACAUUUGUAGACCAAACAAUUAAUAGUUUAAUCUAGUAUAUAAAAUUAAUUAAUGUUGAAAAUAAUAGUUUGUUUGUACAUGUAGGAAAUUGUUGGGUUUUUUUGUGUAGAAAAGGAUUUUUUUGAGCCCUUUUUACCGACCACACAGUCCCACAAGCUU